CGGGCUGGUUCCGCGGCGUGGUUCUUCCCGCAGGGAUGGUGCAGGACCCGCGCGGGCGGCUGGUGGCGGAGCUGCUGCUGCGGGCCGGCCCCGCCUGCAGCAUCCUCUGCCUGUGCUCCCGCGCCUUCGUCGAAGAUCGAAAAUUAUAUAAACUGGGAUUAAAAGGAUUUUAUGUCAAAGAUGACAAUGACAGUACAGGAGAUGAACAACCAUCUGAGGAGAACCAUUGUCCCAAUGUAUCCACAUUGAAGGUGGAUACUAAUCAUGCUCUGGACCUGGAAGAAGUUGAACUAGACUCGGAGGCUGAGCUUAUGAAAAGCAUGGGAUUGCCUCUUCAGUUUGGUGGGCAGUCAGCCCACAGAGACAUUGUGGCAACAGAAAGUUAUAGAAAGAGAAGUAACAUGAAGAUGAUGAAAAAGAAAAAGAAGAAAAAAGAGUUACAGCAAAAACAUGAGGAUAAAAUGGGGCAGGAAUGCCAGAAUCAAGUUUGUGGUGAUCAUAUCCAGUCCAUUUCUCAUGAGUUGGUCCUAGCUACAGAGCAGUGUGAGAAAAGCAACAAACCUCAGGUUGUAAGUGAAGGGAACUGUGAAAGUUCAGAAAAUCUUGCAAAUGAGACUUUACCCAGUGAACUUAAAGAAAAAUGGGAGAAGUACUGGAGCGAGUAUGGGGAGGGCCUUCUUUGGCAAAGUUGGUUGGAGAAGCAUCAAGAGAUCUCAUUGUCUGAGACCACCACUGCCUCUGAGCCUUGGAAUAGUCCAGAUACACGGGAAGAAUGGGAGCGGCAUUAUAGCGAACUGUACUGGUAUUACUGGGAACAGUUUCAUUACUGGACAAGUCAAGGAUGGACUACUGAGAGCUUACACGGAGACAGCGUGAAAGCUGAUGGGAUUACCCAGCAGACGGUAACGGACUUGAUUAGCCCAGGGACUGAACACAGUGAAGUGCUGACCUUGGAGCUUUCUACCUCUGACACCAGAAAUGAGGAAACACUCCCUUCAAGUGCUGAGCCCCACAGUGAAAUAAUUUCUGGGAUUUGUAAUUUAAACCUGAAUUUGGAGGAAGUGGAGCAGUGUAGCACAGCUUCCCACCAAGGUCCUCAAGAGCAUAAUUCAUCUGACAGUGAAAGCCAGGAAGAGCCCUGUGAUGGAGGAUCCAGGAAAAGGAGUGCAUCUUGUGAAAAUAAAAGUAUUAAGCAAUCAGGUUUGCAGGGGUCAUGUAGUUCAAACUCUAAUGAAAAAGAGCAGUUGCUGCAUUGUGACCGAGAUGAAGACGAGGAUGAAGAGCCUCCUGAAUGCAGACAUGUCAAAGUCAAGAGAAGCCAUGAACUGGAUGUGGAUGAGAACCCAGUGGAAGAUCCUGAGAAAACCUGUUCUGCUUUGGGUUUUAAGUGUGGCACAGGACAAAAGUAUGGUGGAAUUCCCGAUUUCACCCACCGAAGUGUGCAGUACUUGGAGAAAAAAGCAAAACUCAAGUCCAAGUUCUUGGAUAUGCGUAAACCAAAGAAGAGCAAAAACACACACAUCUUCUUUACAGAGGAAUCUGAAAUGUCUUGCAAAAAAAAUAAAACUUUGAAGAAGGUGGAAAUGUUCCUAAAGCGGGUUAAUAAACCUGGAGCGGAAGCCACAUCCCAGGCAGCCUCAACUCAGGGCAAAGCAGAGUCACUGUCUGUGAGCAGCGACUCGGAGGAUCAGGAAGGCACUACUGCUGCACAGACUGCGACGCUGAGCGCUGAAAACCAAAAGCCACCGUCUUCCAGUGUGUCCCCGACAGAACCUGAAAGGGGUUACCUUGAGGAGGAAGCGCAGGAGGUGACAGCAAGUGCCUCCGAUGGCCAGGGUGCAGGGAGACGGGAGAGGCGGCAGCUAGUCUCUCUGGAUAUUCCCGAUUAUCUCUGCGAAGAGACAGAGGACGUCAGCCAAGAUGUAGAUGAAAAAAAUGUCACAAAGAAGAAGGAGAAAAAAAGGAGAAGAAGGAACAAAAUUGCACUGGGAGCUAUGCCUGCCGAGGUUGCUGCUGAUCCGGAGCUCAUCAAGUACUGGGCACAACGCUACCGGCUCUUCUCUCGGUUUGAUGAGGGAAUUAAGCUGGACAGAGAGGGCUGGUUUUCUGUUACUCCUGAGAAAAUAGCUGAGCAUAUUGCCAUCCGGGUUAGUCAGUCAUUCAACUGCGAUAUCAUAGUGGAUGCAUUCUGUGGGGUUGGAGGAAAUGCUAUUCAGUUUGCAUUGACCUCAAAAAGAGUGAUUGCUAUUGAUAUUGAUCCUGAGAAGCUCAGUCUUGCGCGCAACAACGCUGAGGUAUAUGGCGUGGCGGAUCAGAUAGAAUUUGUGUGUGGAGACUUCAUGGUGCUGGCUGCUGACCUGAAAGCAGAUGUUGUGUUCCUCAGCCCACCCUGGGGGGGACCGGACUACGCCACGGCUGAAAUCUUCAAUAUCAAGACCAUGAUUUGCCCAGAUGGAUUUGAAAUUUUCAGGCUCUCCAAGAAGAUCACCAACAAUAUUGUGUACUUUCUACCUCGGAAUGCUGAUAUUGACCAGGUGGCUUCCUUAGCAGGACCAGGAGGCAAAGUUGAAAUAGAGCAAAAUUUUCUCAAUAACAAACUGAAGACAAUAACAGCUUAUUUUGGUGAUCUAAUAAGGCAUGACAUCUUAUGAACCCAGUGUGGAUUCUUCCAAACCCAACCUUCCUGACUGCUGCUUUGCUUAAGCUUUUUGUACAGCUGGCUGGUCAAAAAUGACUUGGAGCUAUUUUCCACUUUAAUUUCUGUUUACAGAAAUGUGUUCUGUUUAUUGCUGCUGUCAAUAAAUGUUUUAUAAUAA